UUACUUUCGCAUUUAUAAUAUUAGUUGGGAUGAUAGAGACACCUGUUUCUCUAUUGGACCAUUCCGUAUGGAUCAUUCCCAAACGUAAACACUGUUCUAAGUAAACUAUUAUAGGCGGACUUAUAUAGAGUAGGUAUUCUCUUCCAGUCUUUUAUAUGAUUUUGAGAGGAGUAAGUAUUUAAACUGUCAGUGGACAGUCCACUGCUGGACGUAAUACCUACUUCUUAUAAAUAACAAAUGCCCCACAAAGCUCGAUUUCCUGUUUUUCAUCCAGCUUGUUCCUACUUAAGGUCUACAGAAUCUUCUUGAUAUCGUUGAUCCAUCGAGUAGGUAGGUGUUGCGACCUUCCAGUAUAAUUACAGCAAUUUUUUUGAUGAGACAAAUGUAUUAUGAAUUUUAAAGAAGGCGUUAAUUGUAAAUAGAAUUAUGUCACCAAUUACUCGUAGAGUUAUACCAGUUGUUCGAACGGUGUUGUGUGAAAUGGAACGUGAUGGUCAGCGCACGCAAGUCGCGAACACGUCUGCGCGGGCGCGGGGCGCGGGCCGCAGCGCGCCAAACGUCACUGCGCGCGCGCCUCUCUUCUGCCUCUUUCCCGCCCGCGCGCGCCGGCCCAUUCAGCCACUCAGUGAUAAACAAACCUCGCCGCUGCCCUCUUGUCAGACAUGCCGCAAGUCUGACUUCCCGCUCGGCCACCGAAUCCCGCCUUCAUGCAUCUGUGCCUACGAUCUACGCAGCACAAAUGUCAGCCUUCGCCGCAGGAGGAACGGCGGUUUUAUCACAUUUUGGAAAAUGACUGAAGGUCUUCUAGCUCAACAUGAUAAGCCGAUGUGUGUGCGCAUAUGGCUAGAGGUGGGGCACGCGUGCGAACCGCGCCGCUCCGCGCUGGGCCGCGCGCUGGCGCUCGACUGGCGGCUGUGGGUGCGCGGCGCUAGCGGCCGCGACAUCAGCGCCUUCGUGCACAAGGUCGUCUUCCACCUGCACCCUUCCAGCGCCUUCGUCUACCCCAAGAGAGUGCUCCAGGAGCCGCCGUACGAGAUCCAAGAGUCCGGGACCGUCUCGAUAGACAUACCGAUUCACGUGUACCUGAAAUACAGCAGCGAGCCAAAGAAAAUCCGUCUGAGGUACAGUUUGGAGAUAGAGAACCACACUACGAGCAGCACGGAGACGCGGCACGUGUACUACGACGUGGAGAGCCCGCCCGAGCCGCUGUGCCGCGCGCUCAUGCGCGGCGGCGGGCAGCUGGUGGCGCGCGCCGGCCGCCGCGCCGGCCGCCUUCUCGUGCUCGCCGACGCACACCGCGCCAAGCCCGACAAGACCAAAAAGUACAAAUUCGUCGAGCCCGUCCCCUGCAAGCACCCGCCCAAGAGAGUCAAGCCGAGCGUGCUGGAGGAGAUUUGCCCGAAAUGCGGCGAGUCGACGCACGCCGACUUCAGGAAGCAGCUGCGGUCUGUGGGCGUGACGGAGGACGAGGUGGGCCGCGUGUCGCAGCUGUACCUGGCCUACAGCAGCUACGAGAAGGCGGCGGACGCGCUGCCGCUGCCGCCGCUGGCCGACCCGCUGUACCGGCCGCCCGAGCUGUCGCCGGCGCUGCGGGAGGCGCUCAAAACGGUCCAAAUAGAUUUCAUGAUACAGUGACCGCAGCUGUGACUCCUCCACUCCGCCGUCCCGUUUUGUGAUAUUAAAAUAAAAGGUGCCAUGAAAGACUCUACAUUUCACGCGUUGACAGGGUGCUAUCUAGUAAUUACCAUUAUUUUUAUACUGUUUUAUGUUUAAUUCAUAUAAUAUUAUCAAUAAGAAAUCUAUUUACUUUCGUUACUUAUUUAAUUUAACGUCUAUAAUUUAGUUAAACUAGUUGAUUUAUAAUUUGAAGUACAAGUGCUGUGAGAAAGAUCUCAAAACUGUUAUCACUGAAUGAUACUAAAGUUGCUAUGAAUAUUUUAUCGUAUCUGUUAUCGUAUUUUGUAAGUACCUAAGGUAAUUCCAUGUAAGUAUGUUUAGUCUUUCUACGACAAUUAUUUAUUCCAACAAAUAAUGGUUGUAUGUGGUAUUUCUUAAUUCUGUAGUCAAAAAGGCUAGUUUUGCAACUUUGUGAUGCCUGAUUGUGUAAAUAUCUAGUCCGGCUACUAGAUAAGUCUACAUUACAUACCUGUAAUUAGUUUACUUCAGAUUUUUUAUUAUUUUUUAUAUUUCUAGCAUUCAGUCUAAUCAAUUAGGUACUACACCUACUUCUACAUCUAUUUAUGAAAAAUUAUAUUAUGUAUUAAGCUCGUAUUGAUAACAAUCAUUAAUUCGCAUCGCAAAUUACAUGGCUUUGUAGGUACACUUUACAUUAAUGCCUUUUUGAAUGGGAUGCCGAUCUGUGUGAGAUAAAUAAAUGGGUUUGCAUGAUCGUUAUUAUUACCUAUGUUACCUACUCAUAAUCAUGUAGGAUUUUUGUUACAACACGUUGUGCCUCUACUUGGUAAUCAUACUAACAAUCAACACGUUUAAUAUUCUGGCUAUUGAUUUCGCGGCAUGCCAAUAUAUCGUGCUGUUACAUGAAGGCACCUACCGUCUGCAAUUCCUCGGCGAGGAUAUUUUUGCACGCAACGGUAUCAAAUCGAGAUUAAACUGCAUUACCACUACCACUACUUACUUACUACGUAGGAUCGUUACACCGCGUGUAGUAUACUUAGCCA